AUGCCUGGAUCAUCAGCCUCUGCAAAACUCAAAAAAGACGUUGACAACCGCUUGAAAGGUGGUGUCACCAUCAUUGUUCUCGGUGCUUCUGGCGAUCUCGCAAAGAAAAAGACAUUUCCUGCAUUGUACGCACUUUUUCAAAACAAGUUUCUACCAUACAAGACGCAAAUUGUCGGCUAUGCUCGAUCCAAGAUGGAUUGUGCGGAAUUUUAUAAACGAGUGUCAUCUCAUCUCAAAUCAGACGAUCCAGAGAAUGACCAACAGAUCAAGGAUUUCCUCAGCAUCUGCCACUAUGUCGAGGGACAGUACGAUCAAGAAGAGUACUGGCAGAAACUCAACACCUUUGUUACCGAGUUGGAGGACAAGCAAUCGUUAAAGAAGGAGCAAAAGAACCGCAUCUUUUACAUGGCACUCCCUCCCUCUGUCUUCGUCCCGGUGGCUUCUGGUCUGAGAAAGUACGUCUAUGGUAAAGAAGCGGCCACGACGAUUGUGAUUGAAAAGCCAUUUGGAAAAGAUCUGGAGAGCUGUAAUGCCCUGUUGGAGGAUAUCAAGCAAUUGUUCAAGGAGGAGGAAGUAUAUCGUAUUGAUCAUUACUUGGGAAAGGAACUAGCCAAGAACAUCAUGUCUGUGCGGUUCGCCAACAUGAUCUUUAGUCCUUUGUGGACAGCGACGCAUAUUGACUCGGUCCAAAUCACACUCAAGGAACCAUUUGGCACUGAAGGUCGUGGUGGUUACUUUAACGAGUUUGGUAUCAUUCGUGAUGUAAUGCAAAACCACUUGCUGCAGCUCUUGUCACUAGUGGCUAUGGAACGCCCCAUCUCGCGUGAUGCCGAGGCCAUCCGUGAUGAAAAGGUCAAGGUCCUGCGUUGUGUCAAACCAAUUACAUUGGAAGAUUCUCUCUUGGGACAGUAUGUCAAGAACGGAAAUAAACCUGGGUAUCUCGACGAUGAAAGCGUACCUAAAGAUAGUUUGUGUGCAACAUUUGCUGCUCUUGUACUUUGGGUGGACAACGAACGUUGGGCUAAUGUGCCAUUUAUCCUCAAAGCAGGCAAGGCCCUGGACAAUGCCAAGGUCGAUAUUCGCAUUCAGUUCAAGAAGCUGCCUGGUAGUCUCUUUUGCAAGGUGCCUCGCAACGAGCUGGUGUUCCGUCUUCAGCCUGGAGAAGCCAUGUACAUGAAGUUCAACAAUAAAUCGCCUGGUUUCCCCGACGAAACCAUGAUUACGGAACUGGACCUUACAUACAAGAACCGGUACAAGAAUCUGAAUAUCCCUGAAGCUUACGAGACACUUAUCUUGGAUGUAAUGCGCGGAGAUCACUCUAAUUUCGUGCGCGAUGAUGAAUUGGGGGCUGCCUGGCGUAUCUUUACACCCUUGCUGCAUCAAAUCGAGCAUGAUAAGAUCAAGCCUGAACCUUAUGCAUAUGGAUCCAGAGGACCAAACAGCUUGGACGACUUUGUAAAGCGAUAUGGGGUGGAGCGAUUGGCCCAUGAAAAUUAUCAAUGGCCAUUGCAGCGACUCGAAGAUUAA